CAUCCCAUUCUUCUCCUGAAACUUCCAAACCUCCAACACACAGACUUGUUACAAGAGGCCAAGUAAUCAACCAACUAGUUAGCGCUACAACCAUGUCUUCCACGGUGGCGAAACCUCAGCCGACGACGGACGUCGACGGUCGAAAUCCUUGGGAGGACUAUGAAGCAGCAGAAGAAGUAGAAGGAGAAGGAGGAGUUGUCCUGAGCGCCGUCACCAGCCAGGUGUGCAUCCGGUCACCGGGGGACGCCGCCGGGACGCUGAAUAAAGAGGCGGUGCUGAGGCAGAUACGGCAGCGGAAGCGGAUGAAUAGAGUGCGGGGUGCAGUCCAUGGCCUGUUUGGGCGGCUCUCCCGGUCCAAUAGCAACAAAGACAAGCCCAACGGGAAGCCCAGGACUGAUGGAAAAUCAGUUUCUGUCAAGUGGGCCGACGACGCGUUUGCUGGCCCAUGAAAAUCUCAGUGGUGGAUCGGAUUCGGAUGAUUUUAGCUAUUUACUAUCUCGAGUUAGGGGUGGGCCGGUCGGUUCGGUUUGAACCGAACCGAAAUGACACAUACCGAUCUUUUGAAGUUCCCUAUAUGAUUCAUAUAUCAUCUUGCUUAAUCAUAAUUUAUUACUUGAACAUGUUCUUGACCUGGCCACAAUUGGCUCAGCAAAGGUAAACCAGGAGUCGUAUAAUUGCACUUCCUCGAGAUGAACCCUCGCGCAAGUCAUCCUUCUUAAACAUCAUAAUAUCACCUUGGGAAAUUUAUUUCCCCCACGAACCAUAAUAUCACAUUAUGUCAAAACACCUUAUCGAAUAACCAUGAAGUCAUAUC